AUGAAUGCGCCACAGACUCUUUUGCGCAGCCUGCGCAUCUCAAGACAAGUUCCUCGCUGCACAAGAUUCGCAAACGCACCGCCAAGAAGAAACUUUACAUCCUCCUUCUUCCGUCGCAAGAAGCAACCCUCAGCCGAUGAUCCAGAAUUCGUCUCUAUUCUAGACGGACCUCCACAGCUUGUCCGAGUAGGAAAACGUCAUGGACCUGGUCUCAUUAUUCUCGCCAUCAUUCCCGUAACGGCAUUCAUACUCGGGACAUGGCAGGUCCAACGCCUAGGAUGGAAGUCGGAGCUCCUCGCCAAAUUCGAAGACCGUCUUAUCCGCGAUCCUCUACCUCUACCGCCUACCAUCGACCCUGAUGCCAUUCACGACUUCGAUUACCGCCGCGUGCUAGCAACGGGCCAUUUCAGACAUGACCAAGAGAUGCUUAUUGGGCCUCGCAUGCGUGACGGCACAGACGGAUACAUGGUCGUUACACCGUUGGAGCGAGAGAAUGGCACAACAAUCUUGGUCAACAGAGGCUGGAUCGACAAAAAGCACAGAGACAAGAGGACGAGACCCGAUGGAUUGCCAACCGGUCAAGUCACAGUCGAGGGACUCUUGAGAGAGCCAUGGAAGAAGAACAUGUUUACACCUGAAAAUCAACCCGAGAAGGGCAUGUUUUAUUUCCCGGAUGUGAAGCAGAUGGCUGCCUUGACCGGCGCUCAGCCUGUCUGGGUAGAGGUUACUACGGGUAUACUAUUCUCAUGA